UGACAGUGUUGUGUGUGUGUGUGUGUGUGUGUGAAUCAGUUUCUUGCUACAUGCUUGACUGUCUGGACAGCAGAGAAAGCUGCACAUGUAAUAGCCUUGCAAUUGUUCCACAAGUGUCCCAGCUGAGAGCCAGUGUAAUGGACCGCCCUGCAAUCACAGUAUCCCUGCUGGUGUGGUGUCUGCUCUGCAGCUCCUGCUCCAGCUGCAGUGAUACGCAGUACCGCUCCUCUGACGGGAGCUGUAAGGAGUGCCAGCCGUGUCCCGCAGGUGAAGAGCCCCAGGAGGACUGCGGGAUUGACUCUGGGUGGCCGGUACAAUGCGUGCCCUGUGAGGACGGCAGGUACUCCCCUGACCGGGGCUUGAACCCGUGCUGGUCCUGCACACAGUGCCACGUUCAGAACAGGGAGGAGCUCUCCCCAUGCCAGCACACCGCCAACGCCAAGUGUGGCCGCUGUUUAAAAGGGUUCUUUGAGCUCAAGCGCACAGACGGGGGGUCGGAGCUGGUCUGCAUCCCCUGUGCCGGCACCGACGUGAUGAGCCGCAAGGAGUGCCAAGUGACGGAGCCCCACGAGGCCUCCAUGGCUGUGAUUGGCAUGGUCUCAGCCGCCUCUGCCUUCGCACUGGUGCUGCUGCUGUGGAUCCUCGUGUUCAUCACCAAGCAGAUCAAACGAAGGUACAAGGGCUCCCUCCAGCCCAGCAGACUCCCGGACCCUCUGACUGACCUCAUCACCCAGUACUCAUCAAAGGAACUGCAGCCUCUCCAACAGGAAGUGACCUCGAAGGACCUGGAGCAGGGCUGUCACUGUCUGGAUGACUCCCCCAGAUCACUGAGCUCGCUGAUUCCAGAGAAGGAGACCCCGCCCCAUUCAAUUAUCAUCAACGUCACCACCAAUAUCAAGCCCCCCAGUGAAGGGGGGGAGCAAGAGUGGAGGGAGGGUGACACCACCCUGUUACAGGAGGAGAUGGAACACCAACUGGAAGAGAUCUGCAGAUUAGCCAAGGGACAGAGCCUGGAGCAGCUGGACUAUGACAGCGUGCAUGAGCUGUCUCUGCUGGUGGACUCAGUGGGGAGCCGGGCUCUGCGCAGGCUGGGCUGGGCUCUGGGGGUCCAGCCUGACAUCCUGAAUAACCUGCACGGGUUCCAGGAGCUCUUCGAAUACCUGCGCACCUCCACCUACAUCCAGCUGCCAGAGCUGGCCCGCGCCGCCGCACGCAUCCACAGGGCAGACCUGGUCGACAGGCUGCACCGGGGCCUGGUCGCCACGGAGAGGACCCCCGGCAGCUAGGGCCCGCCCCCGCCUUCCGCACGCUCCUCCCUCUCCUCCUGCACACAGACAGGUCCUGAUGUCUAAGUGUGGAAGGCAGACAGCUUUUCAGGAAGCAGCCUCAUGUGACAGAGAUUUUAUUGAGAGACUAUUAAAGGAGAACCCGUUAUUCAACCCUUCAUACAGAAAGAAAAGAUAUUGAUGUGCAUUCUAACACCUUUAUUUCAGAUGUUUAAAAAAAAUGAUUAUUUCGAUAUAUGAAAUAUACAGUAUCUUAUAGAAAGCUUUUAUUACAAAUGCUUUUUCGUUCUGUAAAGAUUGCAGCAGGGUGACGUCAUUUGAGGAAGGAAAUUGUGGUUGUUGUUACCUGUUAUGAGUGUAGCCUACAGGUUAACAACUUUUCAGAGUUAUUUCAAACUGUGUAAAGCAUUUCACUACAGUAAGAGAUGCAGAAACUGCAUGUUGAUGAUACUGGUGUCCUUAACUCUUUCUAUUUCCAUGUAAUGCAUGUUCUGUUUCUUGCCUUGAUCCUUUCACUGUAGCCAUAGAAAGCUCCCUGACUCAAGAAUUGAAGGGUAAGUUGACUUAAAAGAGGUAUGACGUCAACUUCCUGUCUGAAAAGCAAGCACAUUUGAAUUCAUCUCUUAAUUUAUUUUAGGCAGAACUAGAAGUGGAUCUUGUAAUGCACUGGAAGUUUUGUCCAAGCGUUCAAAGCUCUAGAAUAAUCUUGAGACGGCACAUGUUUUUAUUUAUUGAAGGUUUGCACUUGAGCUACGUUGAAGAGUUCAUAAACCUUUGAAUAAAACACUUCAGUGGUUUGCAGGGUUAUUGCUUUUAAUCUGAUUGUGUCAGUCAUUUCGCUGAUUUUGAGAAGAGUAAUUUUUUCCUAAUAUAUCCGCUGGUAUUUAAAAGCCUUGGUGAAACAAGACAAAACCUUGAUGUUAGAGCUCAGGGGGUUACUUGGUGAGCUCUUAGGAGCUUAGUUGUUUCUUGCUAGUUUUGUAAAAUUAGCAAAUAGUUUUUUUUUUCUUUUGGUGCAAGUUGAGCACCGAAGUAAAUGCUUUGUAAACAUGCCCCAUUAUGUAAGAAGCAGCGAACACUGUGGAAAUGGGAGUCAACCAGUCACCAAUAGACAUAAUAACUACCUAUAGAUAGAGAACAACAUGGAGGUCAAAGUUCAAGAAGCCUCUAAAUAUACGUUUACUGUGCUAGGAAAUCUGCACCCAGGAUAAUUGCUAAUGUAAGAAUGAGGAAAGGGUUGUGUUCUCUAACAUGUUGAUCUUCUGACUUUACACCUUGCUGUUGUUAAAGUAUUGUCAGGAAACAGUUUAGUUUAAUGGUUAAUUUAUAGAAUUGUACAGCUGUUUGUUUAUUCUCUUAAAGGCAGCUCUUUUUCAUUGUUCUCAAGCCCCUACAGCCACAACUAAAGCCUAUAGAGAAAGAUAUGAGGUAAUUGGUUCAUCGUUUCAAGCUGCAGUACCUCGUGUUUCACAGAAAGGUUAUUCACUGAUGCACAGUCUUCCACAGUUUAACCUUCAUUGGGUUUAGAAAGCGGUCCUUGCUGACCUGUUUGUUUACAGUGUGUUUGUUUACAGUCAAAGAGUGUUUUAGCAGUCAGGGCAGAGUAUUGGAAAACAAUUUUCUUUAAUACAAUUCAAGGCCUCACAAAUACCCUACAAUUUUAGACUAGCUCAUUAAAAGCCCUGCGUGCUCUCUGAUCCUCUACCCGCCUGCCUGCCUGCCUGAGGGUUAAGUAACACAGCGCUCCUGAAUAUUUCACCCCUGCGUAACUGAGCCCCAAGCUCAGCGUGUAUUCCCUUGUCUCCCAUGAAAAAUGAAUGAGGCGGCUACAGCCUUAAUGUGCUGUAAUGGAGAGGAUGGGGAAGGGGGGAUGUGGG